GCAUAGGUCUUUGCUAGGACGUCUUUUCCAUGUGUAGCGGAAGGGACGUUGUUGAACAGCUACCUACGACCCUUCGCACAAGCCAUGAGCGACACAAUACGAAUCGGGGUUGAAGAGCUGGAUUGCGAUGAAAUCAACCGACUGUUUCCCGGAGUGGGCCUGAACGUUCCUUGCACCGCGAAACGUAGCGGUGACGAGAACGACCGCAGCGCUUCCACAUCCAUCUGUCACAUCCUCGACCAUCUCUCCCGUUGGAAUUACAUCCUAUGGCACGUCGGCCUGCAGCUGCGAGAACUCCGCGGUCCCGGAAAGCUGUCCCUGGUACGGGUCUUCUACAGAGGCCGAGGCGGCUCCAGGCAGCGAGCGCGAAGCCGCGACGCGCGGGUUCUCUUUCACGUCCUGCUGGUGCACCACAGAUGCGUCGAGAGCCUACACCUGAACGACGCCCUCAUCGAAGGCAGCGGACUUGGCGAGUACCGGGAGUUCGUCGUCUCGGCGCUUGGGAAAAACAUGAGCCUACGGACGCUGACCAUCGGCAGUCUGUUCGGCGACUACACGAGCAUUCGAGAAUGCCUGUUCGAAGCCAUCGCCACGAUGACUCACCUGCGAGAGCUGGUGGUCCACGGCAGCAGUGAGGUGACGCCCGUCCUGAUAGACGCCGUAUGUGCGCUCCUCGAGGAAACCACGUGUCUCGUCACUCUCUCGAUGCCCGGAAUCGUUUUGGACGAGGAAGGCGGGAAGCUCCUAACAGGCGAGCUGAUUCACAACGAUACCGUCGAGGAUCUGUCAGUGCACGUUAGCAUCCUGCAUUCCUACAUGCCGAACGGAACUUCCAUAUUUUCCCGCUUUCUGGCCGGUUGCAUGCAACUGACCUCGUUGAGCGUGCAAGGCGUGCACGUGGAUCCAGAGGAAACGUGCGCUGACAUCAAGCGAAUCAUCGGACCGCUUGUCCUUCGCGGCCAGCUCGAGCAGCUCCGCCUUACAGACUUCCUGCUGAACGCCGAGUGCGCUGCUCUGCUCACCGAAGUUGUGUCGCGGAGAGAAGGGCGCCUUCGCAGCCUUGACAUCAGCGGCUGUCGGUGGUGGAUACCCAAGUCGUUACCAGAACGCCGACGAUCCGGUGGAGCUACUCGUGGUGAACAGCCGGGUCGCCCAGUGGUCAAGGAGUCGAGGUGUCUUUGGCUUCAAGCGUUCGACUACGCUGCACGAGUGGAACUGUCGUUUAUGGCACUCAGCAUGGCGGGACUCAGACCGGACGACUUGCAGGCUUUAUUCAACGUCGCCAUCACCGUCGAAUCUCUCCCGAUCAUCUCGCUGAGAGACGUGUCACGGAACAAUCUGAAGCAGGUUUGCCGAGCCAUCCGGGAGACCGGAAUGAGCGGUCGGGUGCGCCUAGAAGACUCUUACCUCGUCGACACUUCGGCGUUAGCCGAGCUUCGGGAAUUUCCGGAAGCGCUGCGCAAUAUCGCCAUCAGCUCUGUCGACCAUCCGUGUCCGAGGGCUUUUGAAGAAACGGUCCACCUGGCGUGCUCCUGGAAGCAAGUGACUUCGCUCAAGCUCCUUUUGACGCAGGACGUCCUGUCUGACGUCCCCACGUUUCAAAAGCUGAGCAAGUGCUUGAGCACUGCUGUCUCGCUAAGGGAACUUGGGCUCCUUGGUUCCUACCGGCCGGAUCUCGACGUCACACUUAAAUCGGGAGACCCUCCUCACAGCGUUCUUCUGGACGUGAUAUCAGGUAACACGGCUAUUCGAGCGCUGCGAAUUAGUGGACUUCGUCUAGGUGACGAGAACUUAUCGUUCCUCGUAGACAGAAUUGUCAGUAGCGAUAACCUGUCUGAGGUAUCUUUUGUUUCCUGGGACAAGGCUGAAAACGACUGCUUUCUUCAUCUCCUGGCCGACGAAUUUCGCGAGAACAAGUGCGUCACCCAGUUCCGUCUCCGGGCAUUAACGGACGAUGCGGACGAGGAGUGGUUCGUCGUUGAAGACGUCAUCAGCCGCAACACGGGAUGCCUGACGUGCGCGGCACACUUUGUCGUGGGCAAAGACUACUCACCGCGCAGCGAGGCUGCAUACGUGACUUUUGGCCACGCUCCUGCCUUGAUGAACAAGGUGGAGGAACUAACGAAUGAGGGCCGGACAACGGGUACUACUCAAAACACUUCGAGAUAGCCUCGUAGCUUUAGUGAGAAUUUUCUAGAUGGAGUUGCCGGCCUUUUAGUUUGCUUUUAGUAUGACGGAGAGGGCAGCCGAUGUUCUCUGACACUGGAAAGUCUGCCGAAAAAUAAUACGGGCCACGCGAGCACGUGGAGAAAUGGCCAUGUAGUGGCGAGCUGUCUCCUGUCGAGAGUCCGACGAUUACGCUGCCAAAGCAGUGCCCGCAAUAUCAGAUGGCUCGCCACUAGAUAACGCAGACGCCAUUUUUCCCACGCGGUCGCACGGUCCGCAUUAUUUUGCGGCCAACUGUGCAUGUAUGGAUUUGCGCGCAGUUAUCUACCCAUUCAUUGACAAAAUUCUUGAGCUGUUCAUUGUUUCU